AUGGAACCCCAGGUGAAGGUUGAGGGGUGGAAAGUGCCUGGUAGUCGGUGGUGCAGGUUUCUACUAGCGCAUGUGCAGGGCUAUCUGGUCGUCAUGGAGGCAGUCUUGGCGGAGGAGCUUGAUGAGGAGGAGCAGCUAGUGAGAAGGCAUCGCAAAGAGAAGAAAGAGUUGCAAGCCAAAAUUCAGGGUAUGAAGAAUGCUGUUCCCAAGAAUGACAAAAAGAGGAGGAAGCAACUCACUGAAGAUGUUGCUAAAUUGGAAGCAGAAAUGGAACAGAAACAUAAAGAAGAACUGGAGCAACUGAAGCUGAAUUCUAAGGAAAGUAAAAUAGAUUCUGUUGCUGUUAACAUUUCAAACUUGGUUCUUGAGAAUCAGCCACCUCGGAUAUCAAAAGCACAAAAGAGACGGGACAAAAAAGCUGCAUUGGAAAAGGAGCGGGAAGAAAGGAUAGCUGAAGCUGAAAUUGAGAACUUAUCUGGAGCUAGACACCUAGAAAGUGAAAAACUUGCUCAAAUACUGGCCGCUAGACAGUUGGAAAUUAAACAGAUUCCAUCUGAUGGCCACUGUAUGUAUAGAGCCAUUGAAGAUCAGCUGAAAGAACAGAAAUGCCCCUUGACUGUGGCCGCCUUGAGAAGUCAAACUGCUGAAUAUAUACAAGGCCAUGUGGAAGACUUUCUGCCAUUUUUAACAAAUCCUAAUACAGGAGAUAUGUAUACUCCAGAAGAGUUUAGAAAGUACUGUGAUGAUAUUGUCAACACAGCUGCAUGGGGAGGUCAGCUUGAGCUAAGAGCUUUGUCUCACAUUUUGCAAACACCAAUAGAGAUAAUACAGGCAGAUUCUCCGCCUAUUGUAGUUGGUGAAGAAUAUCCAAAAAACCCAUUAAUACUUGUAUAUAUGAGACAUGCAUACGGCUUAGGAGAACAUUACAAUUCUGUUACACAGUUGGUGAACACAGCUACUGAAAAUUGCAGCUAGUUUACAAAAUGUUGCAUAAUUAUGUUUUAGUACAGUGUGCCGAUCUGACUAUUGUUACAAGUGCUGGAUUGUUCUAACAUUACUGAAAAACACAACUACCUUAAAUCAGUUUUAUGGCAAAGCUACUAACAGAUUUUUUAAAAAUGUGUCAGAGAUAAACUUUAACCAGUGUUCCCUUAUUGGUAUUUUAGAGUCCAUUGUAGAGAACCAUCAUUUACAGACCAAGAUAGUACCCUA